AUGACGGCGACGCCGCUGCUGCCGCCAGUCCUCACGCGGCUCAUGCGCUUCACGGAAGGCGACUUGGUCAAGACACCGUUCGGCGAUGGCACCUUCCAGCGCAAGCUCACACAUGCGCCAGGCCGCCACGUCUACGUCGUUGCGCUUAAGCGCGGUGGCCUCUUAUACGCGCAGACGUGCUGGAUGAUGCCACGCCUGCCGACGCUGUCGGGCAACGAGAUGCCGCAUGGCGUCCACAUCGAGACGCGCUCGUCAGGCGCCCGCGGAAGCAUUCUGCAGUACCGCGUCGCUGAUAAGAGCUACGACGUGGCCUUGGAGGACGGAACGACUGCGACCUUUGCCGCAGCGGACCUGCGCUUGGCGUGCCGAACGCGGUGCCAGACGCAGUUUGGCCUUGGCACGGUCGUUGCUUACCGCGCGGCCAGCGACAGCUAUGUUGUUCAGCUCGACUCGAACGCGACCGCCUACAUUCAAGCAGCCGAUGUGGCAGCCCUCGACUUGCGCUUGCUCGAGAAGAUUCCCAAGCCCUUUAGCGCCGCGCAGGUCCUCGCCGAGUUCAACGGUCGUGUCUCGAUGGAGCAGGCCGAGGCGAUCAGCGCCGCGGGAGAGAACGCGUACUUGACGCUGCGCGCGUACUGCGAGAAGAACGCGGGCGCGCUCACGUCGAUUUCGACCACGUUUACGUACGGCCGCGAGUACUCGGAGGCGUUGGCGUCGUGUGUGAACCCCGAGAUCCAAGACGCUGCCGGGCGCGUCCGAGCGGCGGGCGAGCGCGAGCUCGAGAAACUCACCAAGCUCUCGGAGCUCGUCAAGCACCGCAUCGAAGGCCAGAUGACGAGCAACGCCGAGCUGGCCGCCCUCACGGACCACUCCAAGAAGAUUCUGCAAGGCAUUGGCAACAGCAUCGAGAUGCGCCGCGUCGCCGAAGAGCUCAACAAGCAGCUCCAAGCCAGCGCCUCGAGCGACGACGGCCGUGCGCUCAUUGAACAUUUCAAGGGACUGCUCCAGACGCGCGUCGAACAGCAGCGGCGGCGCCUCGAGCUCCUCGAGCCCAACACGCUUCUGGACAAUCUCGAAGGCACGCUGUCGCCGCGCGGUCUUCAAACGCGAGCGACGGCCUUUGUCCAGCGCGUCUCGGGGGACAUGGCGACGCUGGACCCGCUCGAGUUGCUCGCGCAAGUCGAAGAGCUUUUGCCCAACGUGUCAAAAAAAGCGGCGGGUCUCUUGGAAGACGGCGAAGACCUCUUGGCGCGGCUUCAAAAAAGCAAGCAGGGCCAGAAGCUGCUCGAAAAGGCCAAGGAGCUCGCCCAUGUCUCGGACGACCCUGAUGCGAUCCGCGACAAGGUCACGCAGGCCGUUGCCAACGUGCGCGUGGAUGACCUCGCCAAGUGGGGGCGCAACCUCGCGGUGGAUCGGGCCGCGCGGCAAGCGUUCGUCGACCAGGUCAAGGACCACUGCUUGGAUUUCCUCAUGUCGGUGCUACCAACGAUCGAAGUGCCGCCCAUCGUCGGCACGAAAGACGAGAUCGACUACUCGAUCUCGGUCCUCGACCUCUCCAACUUUCACGUGCCGAAGGAGAAGGUCGUUGUCAAGCUCGGCACGGCCUCCGACGACGAAGUGCUGAAAAUGCGCGCGUCUCGCAUCUCGUCACUGAUUCCUGGCCUCCAAUGGACCUUUGCGCAAAAGUACUUUCCGUAUCUCAACGGUGGCGGCGUGGCCGACGCGUCCGUCAACGGCGGGUGCAUUUCGCUUGGCUUUCGCGCGGAGAAGGUGCUCUCGAUAGAGACGGGCGAGUACGAACCGACGUUGGCCGUCUCGUCGAUUGAGAUUGAGAUCAAGGAAGAGCUCAAACUCACGGUGCAAGGCAGCUGGUUCUCAGCCGUCUACAACGUGCUCGCGUCGCUCUUCAAGGAGCUCAUUCGCGAUUACAUUGCGUCAACGCUCGAAGCGAGCCUUAUCGAGCACGUCGUGACGCUCGUGAGUGCCCUCAACAAGCACAUCAAAAGCUACUGGCCGCUUUUGCUCCAAGUGCUGCACGUGACCGUCGACGAACUGCCAUUGGCGAGUGCGUGGCGCGGGGCCAAGCCGCUGCCACCGCCACUGCCGCACGAAGACGACAUUGCGUUCAACAUGACCAACGUCCCGCUGGUCCUCACCAAGCGUAUACGGACCCGCAUGGCCACGGUCACCAGCGUCACCGUCCCGCCGACCGCGUCGACGACCGACCGCGACGCGCUGCUGAGCGUGCCGCUGCACUCGACGCUCGUUGGUAUCAACGGCCUCUCGUGCGCCAAACUCACGGCGAGCGAAGUUCGGACGCUCCUGACGACGCUGCCGGCGCCGAUGCUUUUGCGGUUCGCAUCCCCCUCGCCCGACGACGCCUUUGCCCAAGUGGCGCCACGCCGCAAGCUCCGGACGUACGAUGUCGAGUUUGGCCCAGGAUCGUUUGGCCUCAAGCUGCGCGCACGGCCGCUGGCGCCGCUCGGUGUGAUCGUUGCGGGUUUUAUUCCGGAUCGCACGAAAGACGAGACAAAGGCCAUGGGUGCAGGCGAGCUCAGCGGCCAGAUUCGCCCGGGCAACCUGCUGCUCAAAGCCAACGGCUGGGACUGCCGCGACAAGGAGUUCAGCGAGGUCAUGGAGCAUCUCAAGACGCUGCCGCGGCCUUGGCCGCCGCUCGUCGAGCUCGACAGUCGCGGGGACCACGUGAUCGUGUCGGGGUUCACAAGACUGCCGUCCAUGGCACGCAACUCCAAGCAAGUGGCGGAAGGCGACACGCUGGUCUCGAUCAACGGACGGGCGGUCGCCAAGCUCCCGUACGACCGUAUCAUGACGCUCUUGAAGGAAGCGAUGGACGCGCCGCCCUUUGACGUGGCGUUUGGACGGAAAGCCGACAAGAAGGUGACGAGCGUGCAGUUUGCCCACGGGCCCAUGGGCAUCCUCUUUGGCUCGGACCGGGACGGCAGUGUGUUUGUGAAGAAGUUUAUUCCAGGGUUCGGGCCUGCCGAACGCAGUGGGCUCGUGCACAAGGGGUUUGUGCUGCUCCAAGUGGGCGGCAAGACCGUGCUCGACCUCGACCACGCGCAGUCGCUCUUGGCGAGUGCGGCGCCGCCCUACUCACUCACCGUCCGCGACCUCGACAUGGAAGCCAACAUUGCGCAAUUGAACUAA